CCCUGCCCUGCCCUGCCCUCUGCGAGCGAUAGCCAGAAGAACUCAGGAUGAGUAAAAUGAAUAGUUUUGAUGUUCAAAGCACAUUCUGUGUUCUCUGUGGACGGACAGAUGACUGCCCUGAAAAGUAUGGAGAAAAAAGGACCUAUGUGAAAUACAAUCUCACUGUUCAUUAUUACUGUUUGUUGAUGUCAAGUGGCAUUUGGCAGAGAGGUGAAGAAGAUGAAGGUGUAGAUGGCUUUUUAAUCACAGAUAUUAAAAAAGAAGUAAAUAGAGCUGCAAAACUGAAAUGUAAUAUCUGUAAGAAAAAGGGAGCUUCAAUUGGAUGUGUAGCUCCUAAAUGCAAACGAAGUUACCAUUUUCCUUGUGGGUUACAAAGGGAAUGCAUUUUCCAGUUUAUGGAAGACUUCAGAUCUUACUGUUGGGAGCAUAGACCAAUCCAAGAGUUUAUGGAUAAAGAACCUAGAGGAGCUUCACAGUGCACAAUAUGCCUGGAUUUGGUUGAACAUCUUCCAGUGUACACUGUAUUGAAAAGUCCUUGCUGUAAAAAUGCUUGGUUUCAUCGGGAAUGCUUGCAGUAUCAAGCUUUGAGUGCUGGGAUAUUUUUCUUUAGGUGCACAGUAUGUAAUAACAAGGACAAAUUUCAAAAAGAAAUGUUGAGAAUGGGCAUACACAUUCCAGAAAGGGAUGCGUCUUGGGAACUUGAAGAAAAUGCAUAUCAAGACUUACUGCUUUGUUAUCAACACUGUGAUGUUAAAAGAUGUCUCUGCAAGAAAGGAAGAGAUUAUAAUGAACCUGAUAGUAAAUGGGAAAUAAAGCGUUGCCAGUACUGCGGUUCUCGUGGGACUCACUUGGCCUGUUCAUCUAUGAGAUCAUGGGAAGAAAACUGGGAGUGCAUGGAAUGCAGAAGUAUCUUUUCAACAUCAGGGAAGUAUAGCAAACAGAAAAAGCGUGCUUUGGCUACCUCUGAAAAGACAAAUGGAACAACUUGUUUGCUGGAAGAGCCAUCUCCAAAGUCCCCUCGGCAGUCACCUGGAUCUCCAUGCAGCUUUCUAAUCCAGCGCUUAAGAGAGCAAAGAAGGGAAGUUUGUAAUAUACUGAAGGAGUUAAAGGUACAAGUUAAAACAAAACCAACAAGACUUAACAUCAAUGCAGAAGAUAUUUGGAGUAGUGCUUUAAAAGGAUUUAGACAGCGCAUCUUCAGUCCCACGAACACUAUUGAAGUAAAUUUCUCAAACUACAAAAAUAGAUCAAAGAAAAAUACUUCUGCUGCAUCAAAACACCAUUUCUUCCAGUUGUUAAUGCUUCACGUUCAGAAUUCAUCAUUGUUUGAGGGCUCCUCUGGAAAGAAUUUGUCACUUGAUUUUCAAGCUCUAGAAGAAAAUCUUUAUUUUGAAGCUGGUAAAAUGAUUGCAGUUUCUCUGGUCCAUGGUGGUCCAUCUCCUGGUUUCUUUUCCAAAACACUGUUUGGUUGUCUUGUCUAUGGUCCAGAGAAUGUGAAGCCAUCUUUAGAAGAUGUUGCUGAUGAUGAUGUAGCACAAACCAUAAAAAAGAUAAAAUAUGCAAAUAGUCUGUCCAGCCUACAGUCUACACUACAGGACUGCUGUGAAUUCCUCGCUUCUGCUGGAUGUUUAAGACCUGUAACAGCUUUGUGUGAUAAGAACAUGCUGGUGAAUGACAUAUUGAUCUGUCAUGUAAUCAAGAGAGUUACUUUACCCUUAGAAAGUUUUAGGCAGGGUUUGAAAACCCUUGGUGUUCUAGAGAAAAUGCAAAUGCACCCAGAUGUGUUCUCUAGCAUAUUUUGCCACAAACCCGAAAGACUUUCAGCGAAAACUGUUUGCGAUCUCUUUACAAUCCAUUCUUCAUCAGAUGUAAAUAAAGUUGAAGGUGCUAAUUUUUGGACGGGAUAUUUGCAAGAUGUGGAAAGUGGUGAGUCCGUAGUGACAUUGGAGGAUAUCCUUCUCUUUGUAACAGGCUCCUGUUACAUCCCAUCCAUUGGUUUUGAUCCUGAACCUACUAUUAAAUUUUUGCGUAUAAGGUAUCCCAUUGGAAACAGACUUCUUAAUUGCUUAGAGCUUCCUAUAACAAAGACAUAUCAGCAGUUCAAAAAUAAAAUGGAGUUCACCAUCAGAAACACACUAAGAGUUGAAAGGGAAUAAGUAUUUUUGCUGUUAAACUGAAUCUUGGAAACAUGAGUUUUCUACAAGAACAUCUGCUUUCAGAUCACUACUGUAUUUUUGGACAACAUGAUUUUAGUAUUUUUCCAACUUUUCCCCCAAAAUUAUGCAAAAAGGUUGCACUGUUAUGAGAUGAAAAACAAUUUUGAAAUUAAAAAACCUUUAUCUCCUGAAUAAUUUUCCUUUUGAAGUUGACUUUAAAGAGUUCUUUAUCUCUUGCAGAAGUAGUUUAAAUGUCUGCUUUUGUUAUAGACAGGUAUGAAGUGUUGUCACACUCUGUAACAGGUAAGUAUGUGGAUUGUAUCGAAUACUUGGGUAACUUACUUAUCAGGAACAAACCAGGUAAAUUUUAAAAAUGAUU